AGAAACCCACAAAACACACUGCGCUAGUGAGCGGCAGCUCCAUGUCAUUUUCUGAGGAAGAGUUUAAAGUGAAGAAUUAACCUCAUAGACUGAUGAGCCGCGCUGGAGGAGAGGACGUGGGCUGUUGUUAGAGGGUUAUCAUGUUAUUAGCGCAGAUAAACCAGGCUGGUAUGGAGUUCCAGCAUGCAGGAAGUGAUGCCCAGGAGGUCACACUGUGCCUGACUGAAGCUGUUGGGAUUUCAGAUGGUGAUCAGAGCAUAGAUGGGGUCAGUUUGCAGGCUGUGACUCUUGCAGAUGGUUCAACUGCAUAUAUACAGCAUAACACUCAAGAUGGCAGCGUCAUGGAAGGGCAGGUUAUCCAGCUGGAGGAUGGCUCUACUGCUUAUGUUCAACACAUUGCUGUACCAAAAGAAGAGCCAAAUGGAUGGCCAGGGCCAGUUUUAUCUGAUGUGGGAGGUGAAAGCUUGAGUCUGGAGGAUGGUCAGGCAGUGCAGCUGGAAGAUGGCACCACAGCUUAUAUCCACCACACUCCCAAAGAGGCCUAUGAUCCCAGCGGCCUGCAGGCGGUGCAGCUGGAAGAUGGCUCCACCGCCUACAUUCAGCAUGCUGUUCAGAUGCCACAGGCCAACACAAUCCUGACCAUUCAGGAGAAUGGCACGCUGUCUGAUCUGCACGUGGAUGGGACCAUUGACCCAGAAACUAUUAGUGUUUUGGAACAGUUUGCUACUAAGGUAGAAGAAAUAGAACCUUAUGCAAACUCUGAAUUGGUCACAAAUGGCCAGGAAGGUGUAGUGCAAAUGCAGAUUGUUCUGCCAGGCCAUGUGGGUCGCCGUACUCUACAGCAGCCUGGUGAGAAAUCUUUUCAGUGCAGCUACGAGGGAUGUGGUAAACUUUAUACCACAGCACAUCAUCUUAAGGUACAUGAACGAAUACACACAGGUGACAGACCUUACUGUUGUGAUAAACCAGGCUGUGGAAAGAAAUUUGCUACAGGUUAUGGCUUGAAAAGCCACAUCAGAACACACACUGGUGAAAAACCAUACUGCUGCCAAGAAGUGAACUGUAAAAAAUCUUUCAAGACCUCAGGGGACCUCCAAAAGCACACCCGAAUCCACACAGGAGAGAAGCCAUUCAUGUGUCCUUAUCAAGGCUGUGGACGAUCAUUCACUACCUCCAACAUCUGCAAAGUGCAUGUCCGCACGCACACAGGGGAACGGCCCUACCACUGCCCAGAACCGGGCUGCGACCGGGCUUUUGCUAGUGCAACCAACUACAAGAACCACAUAAGGAUUCACACAGGGGAGAGGCCGUAUGUAUGCACUGUUCCUGGCUGUGAAAAGCGCUUUACAGAGUACUCAAGUCUGUACAAGCAUCACGUAGUUCACACGCCCUGUAAACCUUAUCGGUGCAACCACUGUGGAAAGACCUACAAGCAGAUUUCGACACUGGCCAUGCACAAACGCACAGCGCAUAAUGACUCAGAGCCCAUCGAGGAAGAGCAAGACAGCUACUUUGAACCUCCAGCAGAAGCCAUUGACGAUCCCUCCAUAAACGUCACAACGGCAAAGAGUGUAGCAACCUGCUCGGAGAUGACAUCUGUGACCUCUGAUAUCACAGGGCAAGAGCAGGUCACCCUCAUCACACAAGAUGGCACACAGCAGUCUUUACAGGCAAUCAGUAAUACCAUCACCAUGGUAACACAAGAUGGCAAUAUGAUCACUCUUCCUGCCAGUGAGUCUAUGCUGUCUACUGGGGAGGUCACUAUGGUGCACGCCGAUGGCACGGAAGGACAGAUGACAAUUAUAUCACCAGAUUUAGCUUCCUUACAGACCAAACAGGAAGGGCUGGUUCCACACCCAGUUACCCUUCUAGCCACUUCUAAUGGUACACAGAUUGCUGUUGAGCUCAAUGAUCAUACCUCACUGGAGGAAGCUCUGCGGAUAGCGUCAAGUAUACAGCACAGUGAUGACACAGUGUGACUGGGGUACUAACUCUGCACAGACUUUAAUAUGAGCAUUGGAUGCUGGAUGAGAGGAAAACGUGGAUGUAAAACAUGGUUUUGAAUUUUUUUCUGCAGUCGCUCAGAGGUUGAAAUGGGACUGCAGUGUUUCCUAGAUCUUGUUUACAUUCAUAUUUUUUGAUAAUGUAUAUAGAUGUCAUGAGGGCAGGGUGCUGCCCUAUUUGGCUUUUUAAAUAAAGAUCUUUAUGAAGUGGAUGUUGGCGCUCGUGAUG